ACGCCUCGCUGGAAUAAACACUAAAAUCUUUCUUGCUCCCGGCCAGAAACACGUAACACAUAUUAAACCCAACUUUUUAGAAUAUUCGUCCCUCUUUCUGUGUGCUUCGCUGAAUAGCCAUGUUUGUUGUGACAUUUUGCUGUCAUGCUGCAUCUAUACUGCAAGAUUCAGCGCUGUACAAUGGAUCCGCUCACGGUAGAACGGAAUAAUAUUUAAACUGCGAAUUUGUCGCACUUGAAAUAUCGAUACAGUAUAAGUAAUUGUGCAAUCAACAAUACAAAAGCAUUAAAUUGUGUUGAAAAUGAGACUUUGUCAUUUUAUAAAUUAGAAUACUGGCAAGAAAAAUGUCAAGUCAGCAAGAUUGAACCGUUUCCAUGCGGUUAUGAACCGGUUCGGUUUUUAGCAGCAGCAGCACACAAGAUUGAACUGAACGGUUGCGUGGAGAAGCAAACCAGUAUUUUUUCAUAUUGUUUCCGAAUUUAACAGCAAAUGGUGAUGGCGGAGAUGGAAAAGGAUUGUAAGCAAAUCGAAAUAGCCGUUCAACGCCACCGGAAAAUGUUACAUUACGUGACGAAGAAAUGUUUGCCUUUGCUGGAAUCGAAGCUAAAGGAGGCGGACGAUAAGUCUAUGUCGUGGAAGGACCGAGCGCUGAAAGCUGAAGGAAAAAUUGCCUUGCUGGAGCGUCAGCUGGAAGAAAAAACCACCCAGGCUAAUCAUUUCAAAAAAUUGCAUGAAGGGCAAUAUCAAAUGAUGAUCAAAAUCGGUUCCGUGAUGGGUGAAAUCGUGUGGAAAUCGUUCAAAAGCCAUUCGAAUGUGAAAAUGUUAAUACAAGCCCAGGAAACAAUGGGAAAGUAUUGUGCCUUAACGAAAGGCAUCGUUGAUUCGUUUAUGCAGGCCUAUGGCAACAAUUUACCUCCGGUACAAUCUAUGGAGCACGUAUUUGUGAUAUCGGUGCUUGGGGCUAUAACGAAUUUAGCUGCAUUUGCCGAGGGUAGAGCAUUUCUGGCUCAGCAAGAAGAGGUGGUGCAGCUCAUGCAAAAGAUAGUACUGGAUCAGGAACGAUGGACUUUUCCGCAAUUUCGUAUCAUGAAGCGAAUGGUUCUUACCUUCGCGUACAACAUGUCGCUGGAGGAUCCGGUCGCUUAUUUCAUGUUGAGCGAGGAAAAGCUUGUCAGUUGCGUUCUACGCUGCUUGAGCCUGAAUGAUCCUACGGACGUGGUAGCCGUUGCUGUGGCAAUUAUCUAUCGACUACUCAGUACAUCCCUUCAGGCAGGGAUCCCGUCAGCAUUGCCAGAAAAGCUUUUUCCUUUCAGAUUCCAUGGGCAAUGAUAAAAACUAUGAAGAAUUCGUCCGACAAACAACUGGGAGAAAUAGCUACGAGUUUGUUAAAUGUAAUGGAGAUCUCGGAUGCUCCUGGAUUUUAAUAUUUCAUCAACUCCCAGUCUUUGAUAAUUGAAUGAAAUACAAAUAACAGUAUAUACUUGUAAAA